AACUGACUUAUACAUUAGCAUAUCCUGUUGUUUAACAAUUUCGUAGUUCACGGCGAUUCACUAUUUAUAGUUUUAACAUAUAAUGGUGUUUGUAGUUCCGGAACCUAAUUGUUCAGCUCCAGCGGGAACAAGGAAGGGGGAAGUUUUUGGAGUAGGGGGGGACUUUAACUACCUGUGGCUCCAAAUGAACGUAUCUUCUAAUUCAGGUUUAUUUUUAUAUUUGAUUUAGAGUUAUAUUUGUUUAGAGUUUUGUAUACAAAACACGAAAAUGGGAGAUAUUCAUGACGGGACACCGGUUUCUGCCUUCGAGAAAGACCCACUGGAGCUUGGAGUUGAAGAUGUUUAUGACAUUUCAUACGUCAUUGGCAAAGACUUAUUAAAAAUAAACAGUGGCGGUCAUGAUGUCUCAGAUUUACAAUUCAAAAUUGUCCGAGUGUUGGAAAUGUUUGAAAUAAUGGUGAGCAAGUAUAACCUGUCACUGGAGGAGCUCAGAAUGGAGAGAGACAACUUGAAAUCGGAACUGGACCGAGUUGUUGCAGGGUCACAUGAAAACAGUAACAAUCAGAUAAUUGGGUCUGACAAGCUGGUGGUAGAUUUGAAGGACCCAAACCGACCACGAUUCACAAUGCAGGAGUUAAAGGAGGUUCUACAGGAGAGGAACCAUCUUAAAGCACAGUUACUGGUGGCCCAAGAAGAGCUUCAACUCUAUCAAAGUGGUGUUUUACCUCAAACACAAACAAAUAUGGUUGAAGUAGAUCUGAGGACUCCUUACUCAGUCGACCCCAUGCAAGAUGGUCCUACAAAGGAGAACAAAGAACAACACAAAGACGAGAGGUCUACUAUUCAAAAACUGUUCUCAUUUAGAAGAAAAUGACAGCAGUACCUAACCUGACUUUGGGGACCAGAAGCAUGUUUUUAAAGGACUGUAACAGUUUCUGUAUACUCAGCCUUAUAGUGUCCUAAUCAAAUGUACUUUUGAAAAAUCUUUGUUAAUAUGGCAAGAAUUUCUCUUUUUAAAUGCAAUUUGUUCAUCUAACAAUCUAUUUACUUUUAAAAUGAUACAUUUUUCUACAAGUGUCUUCAUCAUGUAAUGCAGCUUACUUUUCAUUCUGUUGAUUGACAAUUUAACAAAUCAUGUUGAAUAUAAAUAGAAAUAGAAAUAAAAAUCAAAUUGGCAAAAGUCUAGAAAAAUACACCCACAAAGGAUAAUACUAAAGAAUAAUUACUUGCUUGUACAGUCUUUGUCUAAUUGAAAUGAACUCAGUUUUUGUUCAUUUUGUUUUCUUGAAAUUGAAGGAUUUUUUUCCACUGAUGAUUUAGUAACAAAAGUCACUGUUUGAAGAUAUAGUUAAAAUAAAAAAAACAUAUUUUCUUUCAAUAUAAGUGUCAAUAUUUAUUACUGAAUGAUGAUCUAACUAAACUAAGUUUUAACUCCAACUUGUAACCAACCAACUUUACACCUGUGUACAGGUUAUAUUAUGCUCAUGUACAGGAGUAUGAGAGACUAGCUCGAAUGGGAGAAAGAAGUGCAGCAACUCUGCUUGUUCUGACCCUGUUAAAUUAAUGAAAAACUGUAGUUUUUCUAAACACACCGUUACUGACUUUUCAAGUGCAUCACAUAUGACAGAUAUUGGGAAAGUUUAAUAUGGGAUUGACUAGAACUAACAAUGGGUACUGUAUUUAAAAUUGUAUCUGGAUGAUGAAGUUUUAGUUCAUUCAUAAUUUUGAUAUGCUGCAGCGAACCAACUUUCUGUAUGUUUAACAUUUUCUAUCAGCAUAAUUAUGUAAAUUAUGUAUUUUUUUUGUUUGUUUGUUUGUUUGUUGUUUUUUUUUUCAAUUUUCAGUGGAAUCCCGGGGUUGACACCAGUCACUUAUCUAAUAUGAAAACCAGACAAUAUAUUUGCCCUUUUUUACAUUUAAAAUACUUUUUUUUGCAUAUAAAAUAAAUGUUUAUUCUUACAUCACUAUAAA